CGUUUGGAGGAGACUCUGUUCUCAUUCAUUACGGCACAUCUCCUCCUUCCCCUCUCUCUCUCUCUCUGUGCGCCCAAAACCACCUGAUAAAAACCUCGACAUCCGCUAAAUUCACCGGAGCUCAGUGAGUCGCGAACUCGCCACCGAGAUCGCCGGAGCCAACUCGAGAGAGAGAGAGAGAGAAUCAACAAGAUUCAAAUGGACAGUCACUCCUCGCACCUCGCCGCGCAGAACCGAUCGCGCGGCUCCCAAACCCCUUCCCCCUCCCACUCCGCCGCCUCCGCCUCCGCCACCUCCUCGAUCCACCUCAAGCGGAAGCUCUCCGCCGCCAACGCCAGCGCCUCCGCCGCCGACGACCACGCCCCGCCCUUCCCUCCCUCCUCCAUCUCCGCCGACACCCGCGACGGCGCCCUGACCUCCAACGACGACCUCGAGAGCAUCUCCGCCCGCGGCGGAGGGGCCGGCGACGACUCCGACGACGAUUCCGACGAGGAGGAGGAGGAGUUCGACGGCGACAACGACGGCGGGUCCUCCCUCCGCACGUUCACCGCGGCCCGGCUUGAGAACGCGGGCUCGGCCGCGGCUCGGAACACGAAGAUCAAGGCCGAGAGCAAUGCGACGGUCAAGGUCGAGAAGGAGGACUCCGCCAAGGACGGCGGUAAUGGUGCCGGUGUGGGAGCUCUGGGGCCAGCUGCUGCCUCCGGCGCCGGUUCGGGCACCGGAAUUGUGCCGAAGGAGGAUGCUGUGAAGAUAUUCACCGAGAAUAUACAGACGAGUGGGGCUUACAGUGCUAGAGAAGAGAACUUGAAAAGAGAGGAAGAAGCAGGAGGACUCAAGUUUGCGUGCCUUUCAAAUGAUGGUGUCGAUGAGCAUAUGGUUUGGUUAAUAGGAUUAAAGAAUAUCUUUGCCAGGCAACUUCCUAAUAUGCCAAAGGAGUACAUCGUGCGUCUUGUUAUGGACAGAAGCCACAAGUCAGUAAUGGUUAUCAGACGGAAUCUAGUUGUUGGUGGUAUCACUUACCGCCCAUAUGCCAGCCAAAAGUUCGGUGAGAUAGCUUUUUGUGCAAUUACGGCUGAUGAACAAGUAAAAGGUUAUGGCACGAGGCUGAUGAAUCACUUAAAACAGCACGCUCGUGACGUUGAUGGGCUAACUCAUUUUCUGACCUAUGCUGACAAUAACGCUGUUGGUUACUUCAUCAAGCAGGGUUUCACGAAAAAGAUAUACCUGGAUAAAGAUCGAUGGCACGGGUAUAUUAAAGAUUAUGAUGGAGGAAUUCUUAUGGAAUGCAAAAUUGAUCCCAAACUUCCUUAUACAGAUUUAUCAACCAUGAUUCGCCGUCAAAGGCAGGCGAUUGAUGAAAAGAUAAGGGAACUCUCUAAUUGUCAUAUUGUCUACCAGGGGAUCGAUUUCCAGAAGAAAGAUGCAGGGGUUCCCCAAAAAUCCGUCAAAGUUGAGGAAAUCGCUGGCUUGAGGGAGGCCGGGUGGACACCUGAUCAGUGGGGCCAUUCUAGGUUUAGAGGAUUGAGUGAUCAAAAGCGGUUGACUUUCUUUAUGCGCCAACUUCUGAAGGCAAUGCAUGACCAUGUUGAUGCCUGGCCAUUCAAGGAACCGGUUGAUGCUCGUGAGGUCCCAGAUUACUAUGACAUAAUUAAAGAUCCUAUGGAUUUAAAGACAAUGAGCAAGAGGGUUGAUUCAGAGCAAUAUUAUGUUACACUCGAGAUGUUCAUUGCAGAUGUCAAAAGGAUGUUUUUAAAUGCACGCACCUACAAUUCCCCUGAGACAAUUUACUACAAAUGUGCAACAAGGCUGGAAGCUCAUUUUCAGAGCAAGGUACAAUCAAAUCUUCAAUCCGGUACUGGAAAGAUUCAACAAUAGUGUUCGGUAGACUGGAGGACCCAACUUUACUUCUCUAUAUUUCAAUAUAUGGAGCUUUAGACACUUCCUCUGAUUCAUGAUUGCGCGGGGGCAAUAACUAACUCUGAUUGACCAUAGGACUGAAGGCUGAUAAUCAUAUCCUCAAGAGCUGGAAAAAUAGUUCUCCCUUUAUAUAAUGUAAUUAUGAUGCUUUUCACUUUCUAACUCUGCAAGAUGAAAUUCAACUAGAUUGUGAUAUUGAUAUCCUUUCAAGUCA